AUGGUUUCUCGUGCCUGGAGAGUGGCCCUCGUCCUCUGCCUCACCGUCCUCCUCGCCGUACCACUCUACCAACUAAGCACUGAUGCAGAGUCAGAAUACGCAUACGCCCAAGAGGCUUCCCAGUUCUAUCACCAUGUCUCGGGCUACUUCACCUCGUCCUCCACCGGAGACGUCCACAACAACACCCUGUACGGCGACGGUACCCGCCAAGAGGUCCAGCCUCAGUUCAACUUCAGCUCGGCCUGCCACGACUUCCCCGACACAGAGGGCAUCCUAUUCCUCAUGAAGACGGGCGCUACCGAAUCCUUUGACAGGCUGCCCACGCAGCUCCUCACCACGAUGUCUUGCCUUCCCGACUUUCUCAUCUUUUCCGAUCUGGAACAGCAGAUUGGAAAGUUCCACAUCUACAAUGUCCUCGAUCGGGUCGAUGAGAUCAUCAGACAGACCCAACCCGAAUUCGAUCUGUACGAGGCCGAGCAGCGCUGCCCCGUCUCGCAGAAGGACUGCACCGCCGACAUGAUUGGCGGCUGGGACCUCGACAAGUACAAGUUCCUCAACAUGGCGGUGCGCACCUGGGAGAUGAGACCUGGUAUGAAGUGGUACGUCUUUGCCGAGUCCGAUACGUACAUCUUCUGGCCCGGCAUGGUCUCCUGGCUGCGCAACCACGCACCUGGCGGAGAGUCUUACAUCGGUAGCGUGGCCCUGCUCAACGACAUGCCCUUCGCCCACGGGGGCAGCGGCUACGUCUUGUCGGGGGACCUCAUGCGCCGCAUGGUCAACGACCUCCCCGACCUGGCCGCCAGGUAUGACGAGCGCGCAACCCAGGAGUGCUGCGGUGAUUUCCUCAUGUCCGUUGCCGUCCGGGAGGCCGGCACCAAGGUCCUCCAGGCUCACCCCAUGUUUAAUGGCGAGAAGCCCAAUACUCUACCCUUUGGACCGUCUCAGUGGUGUCAGCCCCUCCUCUCCAUGCACCACGUCGAUGCCGAGGAGAUCAGCAUGCUGUGGCAGUACGAGGAGACUCGCGCAAACAAAUCGGACGUCACGCAAAUCAAAGACAUCUACCACGCAUUCGUGGAACCCCACCUCGUCACCCGCCGUCGCGACUGGGACAAUCUCGCCGACGAGGUGUGCCUUGUGGGACCCUCCCCCGGGGAGCAGGAAGGCCCGGGGGAUGAGGAGCGCUACAGGCAGAAGCCCGAGGAAGAGAAGACGGUCGUCGAGACGGAAGCCCACCAGUCGCCGGAUGCCUGCGCUCGCGUCUGCGAGGCCGAGGGUCUCGCCGUCGACGAGGCCAUGUACCGAUCGCUGGUCGACGACGAUGACAAGGCACGGUACAUCCGCCAGCUGUACGAAGAACGCAUCCACGACCACGACGGCGGCAUCCAGUUCCGUCAACAGCGGACCUGUUUCCAGUGGAGGUACCACCACGGCGCCUGCUGCACCGCCUCAGGCAUCAAGCUGGGGUCCCCCUCGUAUGAGGAAGAGGACGCGGACAAGUGGACGAGCGGGUGGUUUACUCGCGGAAUCGACGACUGGAUAGACGCACGGGGUGAAUGCGUCCAAGUCGAAUGGCAGGAGCCAUUUUGA